AAAAAAACUCAGCUUUCACCGGAAAGCGGCGCAGAUGAGUGAAAGAAACCGAGGCAAGCCGAAGAAUUGCUGCAUUUCUCAUAAAUUCGUUGAUGCAGCCUCCAAAAACCCUCAUCAAAUCGCCGUGAUUCAAGCUUCCGGCUUGACGGCGAGGAGCAUUAGGUCGGAAUCAGCUGCACCGCCUGUUUACGACGGAGACAAAUGUUUCACGUUCGCAGAGCUUUCUUCAUCCAUUGAUUCACUCACCUCUCGUCUCCAUCGUAUCCUCAGUAACGAUGAUUCUCAAGUGGCUGGUUCAGAUGUUGUGUAUAUGCCAAAGGUAGUGGCUUUAUAUAUGCCACCAUCAGUUGAAUAUGUUAUCAGUGUGUUCUCUGUUUUGAGGUGUGGAGAAGCUUUUUUACCUUUAGAUCCAUCAUGGCCAAGAGAAAGGGUUUUGUCUCUUAUUUCCUCUUCAAAUAUUUCUCUUGUUAUUGCUUGUGGCUUGUCUUCUGUGGAAUCGCAUUGGCUUGUGGAAAGAAAUGUUUGCCCUGUGUUAUUGUUUUCAAUGGAUGAGAAAUUGAGUGUGGAAACUGGUUGCUCAAGCUUUGUUUGGCCUUGCAAGAAAGAGAGGCAGAGAAAAUUUUGUUAUCUUAUGUAUACUUCAGGAUCUACUGGGAAGCCUAAAGGAGUUUGUGGUACUGAGCAAGGUUAGGAUGUGUUUUAUUCAUAAACUUGUUUCAGCUACUUCUACAAUGAAAAUAGAUUGUUAGGUAUGAUGAUCUUGAAAUUUGAAGGUCUUAUUAGUUCGAGAAUGAGAUUAUUUAUAGCAUUUGGCGUUUAUCUAUAAUAUUUCACAUGUUUGACGAAAGCAAACCGCUUUUCUUUGUGUAGAUAGUAGAUUCUAGAUAUAGCAUGUAAUGUUAGAUUGUUAUUUGUCAUUUUUAUAAACAUGUUAGCUAUAACUAUCUGGAAUUGCAGAAUAACUUUGACCCUUUGCGAUAUUUGAGCAUCUCGUUGGAAUAAAUAUAUAGAGCAUAUCUGUAGGUUGUCCCGUAGCUGUUUUCAUAUUUUGAAUCUUCGCAUUGAUCGAUUAUUCUAUAAUUUAUUUUCUAUCCAUUGUAAGUGACAUGGUGUAUUUUAGUGCAGGACACUAGUAAAAAGCUAAUGGACUUUUAAAUCGUUUCCUAUGGAUGCAAGAGCUCUAUCCUGUUGUUGGAGAGCAGCGAUUUGCUUUCAAGACUUCAGUUGGUUUUAUUGAUCAUAUACAGGAGUUUCUUGGUGCUAUUCUUAGUUCCACCGCCUUAGUCAUCCCUCCAUUCACACUACUAAAAGAAAAUAUGAUAUCCAUCAUUGAUUUUUUGGAGGAGUAUUCUAUCAGUAGACUCCUAGCUGUCCCAUCGAUGAUCAGAGCUAUUCUUCCUACUUUACAACAUCGUGGACACAACAAUAAGCUUCAAAGUUGCCUGAAGCUGGUAGUUUUAAGUGGCGAACCCUUUCCCGUGAGCCUGUGGGAUUCACUUCACAGCCUACUUCCUGAAACAUGUUUUCUGAAUCUAUAUGGGAGUACAGAGGUAUCAGGGGACUGCACUUAUUUUGACUGCAGUGAGUUGCCAAGACUCUUGAAGACCGAAGAGAUUGGUAGUGUUCCUAUUGGCAAGUCAAUUUCCAAUUGCAAAGUUGUACUUUUGGGGGACGAAGAUAAACCUUACGAAGGAGAAAUUUGUGUUAGUGGUCUCUGUCUUUCACAAGGGUACAUGCAUUCCUCGAUAGAGUCUGAAGGCUACGUGAAGCUACAUAAUAACUCACUCUGUAAUCAUUUAACAAAUGAUUGUGGAAGCCAGCUUUAUUAUAGAACUGGUGAUUAUGGAAGACAACUUUCUAGUGGUGAUUUGAUUUUUAUUGGGAGAAGGGAUCGAACUGUUAAACUCAAUGGAAAACGCAUGGCCCUUGAAGAGAUUGAAACAACUCUAGAACUAAAUCCAGAUAUUGCUGAAGCUGUUGUUCUACUUAGCAGAGAUGAGACGGAGCUUGCUUCACUCAAGGCCUUUGUAGUACUGAACAAGGAAAGCAACUCCAGUGAUGGUAUCAUAUUUUCUAUCAGAAAUUGGAUGGGUGGAAAACUUCCUCCGGUGAUGAUUCCUAACCAUUUUGUUUUGGUGGAGAAACUGCCACUUACUUCAAGUGGAAAAGUUGAUUAUGAAGCACUAGCAAGGUUGAAAUGUCCUACAACCGGUGCUCAAGAUAUGAUGCAGAGCAAUGGAACUAAUAGUUUACUGCAAAAUAUUAAAAAGGCUGUCUGUGAUGCAUUACUGGUCAAAGAAGUUUCAGACGAUGAUGAUUUCUUUGCGAUUGGGGGAGACUCUUUAGCCGCAGCGCAUCUUUCUCAUAGUCUUGGUAUUGAUAUGAGAUUGAUUUACCAAUUUCGAAGUCCAUCUAGGCUUUUGAUCUAUCUGUCAGAGAAAGAAGGGAAGUUAAGAGAAGAUAUGCAACACAACACCACUCAGAAACUAGACCACAAGAUAGAGAGUCAGAAUGGUAAUGGGUUGGUUAGUAGAACUGUUCCACUUCAUUCUGGUGUUACAUCAGGCCCAACACCUUCAAAAUUGCAGUGUGAGAAGAAUAAUUCCCCAAAGCGAUUGAAAAUUGAUUACGAAAAGUUUUCUCCCAAAAGAAUGAAAGAAAAUAAAUUAUGGGAUUCAGGAUUUUCUCAAAUACAAUGUGCAUUUAGUCGUUGCAAUAAGGUACAUUCUCCAGAGUCAUGUAGUAAUGAAGAGGCAAACCGAGAAUACUGGUCGUUGGAGAUUCCAAGGAACCAAAUGGUCUCUAUGCAAGAGAUAUGGAAAGUUCAUAUGGAGUCAUGUGUAGAUGCCUCCCCCCUAGUUGUGUUGAAGGAUUCGAAAACUUAUCUAUUCAUUGGGUCUCACUCACGUAAAUUUUCGUGCAUUGACGCCAAAAGUGGUUCUAUGUAUUGGGAGACCAUUCUAGAGGGAAGGAUCGAAGGUUCAGCCAUGGUAGUUGGUGAUUUUAGUCAGGUCGUUAUUGGAUGCUACAAAGGAAAAUUAUAUUUCUUAGAUUUCUCAACGGGAAGCUUAUGUUGGAAAUUUCAAGCAUGUGGUGAGAUAAAGUGCCAGCCUGUGGUGGAUACAUCUUCGCAACUGAUAUGGUGCGGAUCACAUGACCACACUCUUUAUGCCCUUGACUAUAGGAGUCAAUGCUGUGUUUAUAAGCUGCAAUGUGGUGGGAGCAUAUUUGCUUCGCCUGCAAUUGAUGAGGGUCAUAGUUCACUUUACGUGGCCUCUACCAGUGGUCGCGUGAUAGCUGUAUCAAUAAAGGAUUCCCCAUUCCACACCUUAUGGCUAUUUGAAUUAGAGGCACCGAUUUUUGGUUCCCUAUGCAUUACCCCAUCAACUCAAAACGUUAUUUGCUGCUUAGUUGAUGGCCAAGUGAUCGCAAUGAGUCCGUCUGGAACUAUUAUUUGGAGGUAUAGGACUGGUGGACCAAUAUUUGCUGGACCUUGCAUGUCACAUGUGCUUCCUUCUCAGGUGCUUGUGUGCUGUAGAAAUGGAUGUGUUUAUUCCCUAGAACCGGAAUCUGGGUGUCUUGUGUGGGAAGACAAUAUUGGGGACCCGAUCACAGCAUCUGCAUACAUUGAUGAGAAUCUGCAUUUUGAAUCGCAUGAACUGCUUGCAUCAGACAGGUUGGUGACUGUAUGCUCAAGCUCGGGAAGAGUUCAUGUCCUUCGUGUGAGACCCUCCAUUCUCAGCAGAGAUUCACAUGACUCAAAAGUAGGAGAAAUCACGAGGAUGGAGUUGCAGGCAGACAUUUUCUCUUCACCAGUGAUGAUCGGUGGCCGGAUAUUUGUUGGCUGUCGUGACGACUAUGUGCACUGCCUCUCUCUUGAGAGUUGCAGGUAGGAUCACUCUUGUGAAUCCGCCGCUUUGCUCCCUAAUAUCAUCUCCUUGAUUGAUGUUCUCCAAGAAACUAACCAAUGAUUGAAUCUUAAGAAGAAAAUAGAAAUUAAAACUUUUAAGUUUGUAGUUUGAUCUAUAUUCCUCCAGAACAACAACGAUCUUUGAAAAAAGAGAAAUCAUGAUCUCUCUUGAUAUUAAAUUCUUUCUAGAUAAGCUGGAUUGAGAUUCCAAAUCAAAGGAUUGAGAAUUUUAAAUUGGGUUUAAACAAACGAUGAUUAAAACCCAAAAAACGAGAUUAAAAUUGAAACACAUAGGCUUUAUGAAAUUGAAACUGGUACGAAGAUCACGGUGAUUAUUGAAAAGGAAAAACAUAAAAACGGUACUAAUAACCUGAUUUAAACGAACCGCUAGAAAAGAUCCGGCCAUAGUCACUAGAGAAGCUGACAUAUGCUAGAAAGUAGCCAGCCGAUGGUGCUCACGGAGCCACUAACGCUGGAAGAUAGCCAACCUAAUUUAGCAGGGAGUAAACUGUUAUGUAUUAAUUGAACAUUGGUACUUUGGUUGGGUAUGAAAAGUUGAUUUUCCCAAAAUAAGCUUUCCG